UCCGUGGAAAGAAGACACAGAGACACCUUAAGAAUGAAUUUAGCCUUUUCCAGGACUGAACCACUUUCCCUUCACCCAGGGCUUCUUUUUGAUUGUUUUCCAGUUUUCACCUUAGCAAGUUGAUUGCCAUAUCCUCAAAACACCCUGACAAAUCUUCCAAAGGAACAAUGCCAAGUGCAAAUUCUUGAUUAAGGAGAUACCAGGCUAUGAGAAUACGAAGGGAGAGGUUGCUAUGAUGUACACACGAAGCAAGGAAUACCAAAAAUGACUAAUGAGUUAUCAUGUGUCACAAUACCGACAUCUGAGGUAAAAGGGUCUGGGCUCAGAGUCCUGUGCUGCACUGUCCAAAUCUUGGUGUCUGCCAAGUUCAGUGAGGUUCUCAAUCUUCCCUUCACUCUGUGACCUUGACCUUUUGAAGGGUAUGAGUAGUUGCUUUGGUAGUUUUGAUAGUUGAUCAAAUUCAGGAAAAUCAUAAAAGUGAUGGAUGCUAUGUCAGGCAAAAAAAAAUGUGUUCGUGUGUGUGCAUGGUAGCAUGCACCUAUUUAUGGGCUUGAAGAGGCCAGAGGCGGACAUCUGACAUCCUGCUGUCCGGAGUGCUACGAUUAAAGGUGUACAUCAUCACAUCCUGGUCUAAUCAUUUCCUUAGUUCCUUUUCACAGGUGGGAAACUUAGCUAGGUGGGAUUUUGUCCUAGGUCACCAUUCCCUUAUUCCAUUUCUUGAUCAUCUGCUUGAACACAGAACUUAGUUCCAUUCCACUUCAUGGUUCUUUGUUUUCUCUCAGGAUGUUCCUGUCCAUUACGCAUCUUUAUAAGCAUGAGUACUAGUAACCACAUGACGGAGUCUAUCCUAGGCUGUUUUGAGAUUUCCUCUGCCAAUGGAACUAAUUCAUUUCACUUUAGCUUCAGAUACACUGGACAGGGACAAAAAGCAGCUGCUUUCUUUGCUGAAAUAUCACAAAAAUGAUCUUUAGGCCACAUAUUAAUAUUAUUUUCCUCUGAAACCUCCAGCGCUAGCCCCUGCCCCACCCCCAGCUCAUCAACUCACAUUCAGUACCAUUGUUUUGCUUUUACUGGCAUGGCCCACUAAGCAGCACUUAAUCCAUUCUAUUGCUUUCCUAACCCAAAGUACCAAAGUUCAAAUUCCUCCAAACAAAAACAGUACUAUCACAGUAAUACCCUAGUCCCUGGUACCAACUUUUGUCUUAGUCAGGGUUUCUAUUUCUGUGAAGAGACACUAUGACCAUGGCAACUCUUAUAAAGGAAACAUUUCAUUGUGUUGGCUUGCUUACAAUUUAGAGGUUCAGUCCAUUAUCAUCAUGGUGGGACAUGGUAGCAUGCUGGCAGACAUGGUGCUGGAGAAGUAGCUGAGAAUCCAUAAUCUUGCAGGCAACAGGAGAUGGUCAGUCUCUUUGGACAUGACUUGAGCAUGUGUGAGACCUCAAAGCCUGCCUCCACAGUGAUACACUUCCUGCAAUAAGACCAUACCUACUCAAACACAGCCACAACUCCUAAUAGUGCCAUUCCCUUUGUGGGCCAUUUUCUUUCAAACCACCAUACAGUACUCUUUAGUGGAAGUGUAUGCAAGUUGUGUAGGGAUUUUCCAGUAUGUGGCAUUCAUAAAUCAUUAUCCAUGCUGAGAUGGAUUUUUUGGUGAUGCAGCUGCAUCUGGGUGAUAAUUCACCAUUCAUAUCCCUGUAGGCAACCCCAAUAAACUCAUUGGUUCACCGAGUCAGGCUUGGUGGAAUCUUUUCUUUGGUUGGCUGCUUGUGCCCUAUCUUGGGGAGAAUAGACAUGUAUUCAUGUCUCCUUAGGAGAUCACACAACACCUCAUAUCAAGUGGUUUCUUUUUAUUUUUAUAUAUUCUUUGGUAAUUUCAUAUACAUAUACAAUAUUUAUUGAGUGUAUCCACACUGCCUGACACAUCUCAACAGCUCUCUCUCUCUGAAAAUCUACUGCUAACUGAUCUUGUUGACUUGAUCUUGUGCAAGUAACCAUAGGUGCAGUACGUGCAUGAGUGCAAUGAACAUGCUGCAUCCAGAAGACAAUAUUUCACCGUACUUUCCCACAUCCUUUGGUGCUUACUUUCUUUCAUCCCCACUGCUCAAUGUUUCCUGAACCUUCAGGAAGGGGUUGGUAGCAAUGUCCCAGUUAGGGCUGGGCACUCAGCAGACAUUUAUUCUUAGCACUUUGACCAGCUCUUGUCUCUGCAUUACCAACUGCUUACUGCAGAGGAGGCUUUUCUAGUCAAAGUCAACUGUAGCACUAAAUGUUUAGAAGGCAGUUUUUCAACCUAUUUAGCACAGCAACAACAUGUUCCCUUAAGGCCUGUAUGACCUGGUAUCAAGGGUUCUUGCAUCAUGCUCCUUUGAGCACAUGACUGAAAUACCACAUCCAUCCUUUCCAACUUUCACUCACCAAAGGUCAGGCUAAGAUGAAUGUUCAAAAUGCUUGUUGGAACAGCAAAUGAGUAGAGGCUUCACUUUAAUCCCCAUUUCAAAAUGUACUAUCUAAUUCCAUUCUGGGGAUAAAAGAGUUUCAGAGGCCCACACUGGCUCUCCCCUCCCAUCUCACUCUAGCCAGAUGGGGAGGUAGGAAGAGCUCCUAUCCCUCCACUGUCUGAUUAGAGAUUCCGCACGAGCUGUCACAGAUCUGUCACAGGGACUGAGGAGAGUCCAAGAAGGGCAAGAAGAAUUGGCAAAGGAUUGAAGCAAUCAGGAACUGGGCUGCCUGCUGCAGGGGAGGAGGAAGGAGGGGCCAUCUUGACAUCAGAGCUUGGUGAACUCUACCUGCCCCCAUGCAGUUUCCCAUGGGCCCUGCCUGCAUCUUCUUGAGGAAAGGCAUUGCUGAGAAGCAGCGGGAGAGGCCACUGGGACAGGAUGAGAUUGAUGAGCUCCGGGAAGCAUUUCUUGAAUUUGACAAGGACCGAGAUGGGUUCAUCUCUUACAAGGAUUUGGGCAAUCUCAUGAGGACGAUGGGUUACAUGCCUACAGAGAUGGAGUUGACUGAGCUGGGCCAACAAAUCCGCAUGAACCUUGGUGGCCGUGUAGACUUUGAAGACUUUGUGGAGCUGAUGACCCCCAAAUUGCUUGCAGAGACAGCAGGGAUGAUUGGUGUCCAGGAGAUGAGAGAUGCCUUCAAGGAGUUUGAUACCAAUGGAGAUGGGGAGAUCACACUGGCAGAGCUGCAGCAGGCCAUGCAGAGGCUGCUGGGGGAGAAGCUCACACCUCGGGAGAUUUCCGAGGUGGUACAGGAGGCUGACAUCAAUGGAGAUGGCACUGUUGACUUUGAAGAGUUUGUGAAGAUGAUGUCUCGUUGAAGAGAUUUUCCUUCUGUGUCUCCCUUUGGAAAAGAUGGUGUGGGAAACUUUUUUUCACAGUCUGAAUGAAGAAAAGAAAAUCUUUCAAAAAGUUCCACACACAGCCUACUUUCCACCUGGCUCCUCUAACAACAACUUCAUUUCUUUUUCUUGGCAAGAGAGUGUCCCACUCCUUACAGGGUGUGAUGAGGAGCCUGAUAAGUCUUAGCUCAGAGGAGGCCUUGAAGGUUGAGUUUCCCAGAAGCACAGUCUGUCACUUCCCUGUAAAUACCCAUGUCCCUGCUCUAGUGUGAGAUAACCCAGGGAGAACUGAGCUAAACCAUUAAUCUGGAUUAUCAAGGUUUAGAGCAAGCUGAUCCCUGGAGGGAAUUAAUCCCCUGCAAAAUAUCUCAAGGGAGGUGAAGCGGUGGAAAGAAGACAGGAUUCUUCAAAUCCCUAGCUCAGCCAGGUGACUGCAAUGCCAUUCCCAGAAGCCCUCUGCCCCUGUGCUGAUGUGCCCUGGGCUGCUCCAGGCGAGUCUCUACUUUACUUAGGUGGUUCAUGGACUCCAUCCUAACAUACAUGGAUCUGGACACUUCAGCCUCUUUAUCACUCAAGAUAAAGAAUUCAUGUCAUGCCUUCCUCCAAUCUUUUCUUGCUUUGGUGUUCUUUAGGUAAACCUAUAGAAUAUGUCAUCUGAUCUCUGACCCAAUACCCUCAA